CUGUGUGUGAGGACGCUGCGUCUCUGGGGGGGCAGACAUGGACCUCUCGUGGCGCUCUAGGAUUACCAUCUGCCUGGUCAUCACUUUGGCUCAGGUGAUGGCCGUGACCUGCCAAGAAGAUGCCAAGAAAGAUUCCUGUGCACAGGAUGGUAAAGUCUACUCCAACAAUCAGAUUUGGAACCCAGAGCCAUGUCGAGUCUGUAUAUGUGAUAUGGGCACGGUGGUUUGUGAGGACGUGGUGUGUGAGGAUAUAGGUGACUGCAGGACCACAGAGAUCCCAGAGGGCGAGUGCUGCCCUGUGUGCUCGUCUAAAACUGAUACCUGCACAGACAAUGGAAAAGUCUACAACAACAAUGACAUGUGGAACCCGGAGCCUUGUCGGAUCUGUGUGUGUGAUAAGGGCGCCGCCGUGUGCGAAGACGUGGUAUGUGAGGACCUCGGCGACUGUCAGAAAACUGUGACCCCUGAGGGCGAAUGCUGCCCCGUGUGCUUGACCCCAGCUUCCACAUCAACUCCCAACACAGACCCCUCAGCAGCUGCUGAUGAGAAGAAAGGGGAAAGCUGCACGGUCGAUGAGACCGUCUACCAACACAACGACAUCUGGAAACCGGAGCCUUGUCGCGUGUGUGUCUGUGACAACGGUGUCUCCAUCUGCGACGAGGUCCAGUGUGAACUGCUGCCAAACUGCGAAAAGGCCGUGACACCCGAGGGAGAGUGCUGCCCCGUGUGUGACAGCUUCGCCAGCGCCAGCAGGAUGAUAGAAAUUAUGGGCUUCAAGGGACAGAAAGGGGAGCCAGGCGAUAUCCCAUAUGUGGUGGGGCUCCCAGGACGUGCUGGACCCCAGGGUCCUCCAGGAGCUCAAGGACACACUGGACCAAGAGGCUUUAAAGGCAGACGGGGAUUUCAAGGGCCUCCGGGAUUUGAUGGAGAGCCUGGUGUGCCAGGAAAUCCAGGAGAGUCAGGACCCCCAGGCCAUCCAGCCCACCCUGGGGGCAACCUCGUGUCACAGAUGGCUUCAGGUUUCAAUGAGAAAUCUAGUCUGGCUGGGAUGGUAUCAGGAACAAGGGGUGAACCAGGACCACGAGGACUCCCAGGGCCAUCGGGAGCAUCAGGUCCAACUGGAGGUCAGGGAAUUCCAGGAGAGGCUGGAGAUCCAGGACCAAUGGGUGAGCCGGGUAAUCGAGGACCAGAGGGACCACCAGGAAAAGCUGGACCUGAUGGAGAUUCUGGACCCGCAGGUGCUACAGGAGAGCCAGGAUUUCCAGGAUCUGCGGGUGCAAGAGGGUUCCCAGGACUUCCAGGUCUUCCAGGACUGAAAGGCCAAAAAGGACAUGUUGGUCCUAUUGGGUCAAGAGGCGAGCAUGGAGCAGCUGGAUCCAAGGGUGCAUCUGGUACUCCGGGUGUGAUGGGUGCUCCAGGCCCUCAGGGACCAGCAGGCCAGCAGGGAGAAAGAGGCAGAGCUGGACCAACUGGUCCUGUGGGGAAACGAGGUGCAGCCGGCCAUGUUGGCAAACCAGGACCUCUGGGUCCAAUUGGAAUCCCCGGAGUGCCAGGUUUUCCGGGGAGCCCAGGAAUGAAGGGUGAACCAGGACCGACAGGCGUGAGAGGAAGUCCAGGACAGCAGGGACCCAGAGGGGAUGCCGGUCGCGUAGGACCCCCCGGAGUGACAGGAACGCAGGGUGCAGAGGGGGCUGAUGGAGCUCUGGGCGCUCGCGGCCAAAGCGGUCUGGCAGGUGUCAUGGGUCCACCAGGACUAGUGGGCCCCCCAGGCCCCCCUGGCCCCCAGGGAACUACAGGAGCUCAAGGACCAAAGGGCCAAGUGGGUGAUGUUGGAUUGCCUGGAUUCAAAGGAGAAGCUGGACUCAAGGGAGAAAGAGGUGAUCAUGGAGCUCCAGGUCCUUUGGGCCCAAUGGGAGAGGAUGGGAAACGUGGACCCCGUGGUGAUGCUGGAUCUAUUGGACCUCCAGGACCUUCAGGAGAGACAGGAGCCCCAGGAAAUAGAGGUUUCCCAGGUGCAGAUGGUUUACCAGGCCAAAAGGGAGCACAAGGUGAAAGAGGACUGGCUGGAACAACCGGUGCCAAAGGUUUACCUGGAGAUCUAGGACGUAAUGGAGAGCCAGGUUUAACAGGCGCUCGGGGUCUGACAGGACUUAUUGGCGCCCAGGGAGCAGAGGGAAAGCCAGGACCUAUGGGCUCAGCAGGAGAGGAUGGCAAACCAGGCCCAGCUGGGUCUACUGGAAACCGAGGCACACCUGGACCGAUGGGCCUGCCGGGACCAAAAGGCUUCGCUGGUGAUGCUGGAAAGACAGGAGAGGCUGGCAGUCCCGGAGCUCCAGGUCAAAGGGGGCCAAAUGGAAAAGACGGAGAGCAAGGUGCUGCCGGUCCAGCUGGCCCACCUGGUAUUGCAGGAAAGAGAGGAGAGCAGGGACCACAGGGAGUGAAUGGUUUCCAGGGUUUGCCUGGACUGCCAGGUGCACCUGGAGAGCCAGGAAAACCAGGUGAUGAGGGUCUUGCUGGAGAGGCAGGAGCCAUCGGAGCUAUAGGUCCAAGGGGAGAAAGAGGUCCUCCUGGAGAAAGGGGUGAAAUUGGACCUAAUGGGCUGCCAGGACCUAAAGGGAGCCCAGGUGGACCAGGGCCAGAUGGGCCAAAGGGUAACGCCGGUCCAGCUGGUGCUGGUGGAGAGCCAGGAGGUCCAGGACUUCAGGGAAUGCCAGGAGAGAGAGGCAUACCAGGGCCCUCAGGCCCAAAGGGAGAUGCAGGGUCUGUUGGAGAGAAAGGACCCGAGGGUAAAGCAGGAGCCGAUGGUGCACGGGGGCUUCCUGGUCCUGUUGGACCUGUUGGUUCCAGUGGACCCAACGGAGAGAAGGGUGAAACCGGCCCACCAGGACCCGCAGGACGCCGAGGCACAAGAGGAGUUCCAGGUUCUACUGGUGAGCCCGGUCCAACUGGUCCUGUUGGCUUCCCUGGACCUUCUGGUCCUGAUGGUCAGCCUGGGACCAAAGGUGAAACAGGUGAGCCAGGCCUGAAGGGAGAAGGAGGAGCACCUGGACCACAGGGGAUGGCUGGGAAACCAGGAGAACAGGGACCUGCUGGUGUGACUGGACUGAAAGGCGGCAGAGGAACGCAGGGUCAGGCGGGCGCUCCUGGUUUCCCUGGCUUGCCUGGAGGAGUUGGACCACCCGGCUCUCUUGGUGCUGUUGGGGCAGACGGACCAAUCGGCGCUCCGGGAAAGCAGGGCCCUGCUGGAAUUCGAGGAGAGAAUGGAGCUUUGGGACAGCAAGGAGAGCGGGGACCUCCAGGACCGCCAGGCAGUGCUGGGGAGAAGGGAGACUCCGGAGAGGACGGUCCACCGGGGCCUGACGGACCUCCAGGACCUCCUGGCACCACAGGACAGCGAGGCAUCGUGGGUCAGCCUGGACUCAGAGGAGAGAGAGGCAUGCUGGGACUGCCAGGACCUGCUGGUCCACCGGGAAAAGCUGGAACUCCUGGUCCUCGGGGCGGCCCAGGGCCUGCUGGUGGAGUCGGUUUACCAGGAGCCACCGGACCAAGAGGAGAGGCCGGCCCUGAGGGUGUCGCUGGGGCAGAGGGGCCUCCUGGUAAGGACGGCCUCUUAGGACAACGGGGAGACAGGGGUAAUCCUGGUCCAGAGGGUUUGGCAGGUGGUCCAGGCUCUCCAGGAACUGAGGGUUCUGUGGGACUGACAGGCAGUCCUGGAGAAAAGGGAGAGAACGGUGGCCGAGGCCCCGCUGGACCUCCAGGAGAACAUGGAGUACGAGGGAAAGUGGGCCCUCAAGGGCCUCAGGGAGAGAAAGGAGCAGCUGGAGAUCCAGGAGAGAGGGGUCAGAAAGGACACAGAGGUUUCACGGGACUCCACGGUUUGCCAGGAACAACUGGUGCCACAGGGGAGCCAGGAGCUAUUGGUAUCGUUGGACCAGCUGGACCGAGGGGUCCACCAGGAGUGCUGGGUCCUCCAGGAAAGGAAGGAAACAUCGGUCAGCCUGGAGCAAUGGGUGCUCCGGGAAGCAGAGGAUCCAGUGGGGAUCUUGGAGAACAGGGUCCACAAGGUGAACCGGGCCCGCCUGGCCCUCCAGGACCCCCAGGACCUCCCAGCGCAGCUGUAGAAGAGCUCUUUGUUCCCUCGUAUGAUUAUGGGAACGGCGAUGUGCCAGAAACUGUGGAGUUUGUUGAUGAUGGCGUGGCUGCUGAUCCUCCUCCACCUCCAGAGAUGAACAAAGACGAAGCUCUUCCCAAUAAGAAUGACGCCAUCCUGCGUGCAGACACUGGAGUCCACGCCACACUCAAGACACUCAGAGGACAUCUGCAAAACCUCCGCAGUCCUGAUGGCAGCAAGAUGAACCCCGCAAAAACCUGCCAGGAUAUCAAGCAGUGCUACCCUCAGAAAAAGAGUGGUGAGUACUGGAUCGAUCCAAAUCAGGGAAGCACAAAGGAUGCCAUCAAGGUCUUCUGCAAUAUGGAAAGUGGUGAAACCUGCAUCUCUGCCAGUCCUGCCAAUGUUCCUAGAAAAGCCUGGUGGACCAAAUCCACUCCCAGCACCAACAAACCUGUCUGGUUCGGAGCAAACAUGAACAGUGGAACUAGUUUCCACUAUGGGAGUAAGGAAGACCAGCCGAAUGCAGUGGCAGUUCAGCUGAAGCUGCUGCAGCUUUUGUCCAAAGAGGCGCACCAGAACAUCACCUACCACUGCAGGAACAGCGUGGCUUACAGAGACGAGAAGAACAACAACCUGAAGAAAGCCCUGGUCCUCAGAGGAUCCAACGGCCAGGAGCUGAGGGCACAAAGCAACAACCGCCUCCGAUACACCGUCAUCGAGGACGGCUGCUCAAAAUCAAAUGGAGAGUGGGGCAAGACAGUGAUUGAGUACAGGACUCAAACCUCAGCCAGGCUGCCCGUGGUGGACUUGGCCCCCAUGGAUAUUGGAAAAGCCAAUCAGGAGUUUGGCCUGGACAUAGGCCCUGUGUGCUUCUCUUAAAAACACUUCCCCCAAUGUAAGAUGGACAGAAAUAUCAUUUUUUUUAAGAGGAGUAACAUCGUCACCAGAAAUUAUAGCAUAUGGACUUACGAGUCGAUGAAGGUUAGAGGUUUUAUUUCCGCCAUUCCUCACACGUGGUUGCAUUUCCCCAAAGCUGUUGAAGUCUACCUGCCAGCGUAUGAGGCCUGUGUGAGAGGUAGGAUGCUGACAUAAUUUAUUCACCAGUUGGUACAUUCACAAUCAAGAGCACAGUACUGUACAGGGAAAUGCAUGUGGGUGGAAAAAAAGUCUGAGGUGCGACCAUGAAACAGAAAUAAAAAAACACAGAGGGGUCUAGAUGGACUGUAAACUUGCAUGAACUGGAAAAACAACCAAUACCAUUAAAAAUUUAAGAGAUUUGUUUUUUUUUUUGUUUGUUUUUUUGGGGGGAAUGAAUACAUUCCUAGUGAAUAAAAACAUUUGGCUUUUUCCAGUAAAUGCAUGUUCAGAGGUCUGGAUGGGGCAAGAGCUGAUAAAGAAAUGAGUGUAGUUAUUAACUUUAAUGAAAUAAAAGAUGAAAAUCAUGCUUGAACCUAAAUUAUUUUGUUUUGUGCAGAAACUCAUUUAUUCUUUCAACAGAAAAUCUUUGUAUCUCCUUUAUAAACUUCUGUAAAUGCAACAUAUGACUGUAAAUUGCAAAUUAUUUGUUUGUUGUUGAAUACGGAUGUGGAAUAAAUGUCUUUCUUUGGA